AAGGUUGGCCGCCAGUCGUUCAUCGUCACUCUCCCUCCUCCUCUCCCGCGUCUUGCAAUGAAGUCCCUCAUCGUUUUCGCAAUCCUUGGCGUCGUUGUGGCCGACCGCCGCAACGGAUUCAACGGAAACGGGAACGGCAACGGUAACGGUAACGGUUACGGAGCACCUCCUCCUCCCAGCAACGGAUACGGUGCACCCACUAACGGAUUCAACGGAAACGGAAACGGCAACGGUAAUGGUAACGGUUACGGAGCACCUCCUCCUCCCACCAACGGAUAUGGUGCACCCACUAACGGAUUCAACGGAAACGGAAACGGUAACGGUAACGGUUAUGGAACACCUGCUCCUCCUAGCAACGGUUAUGCAGCUCCCAGGAACACCUAUGGCACGCCCAACGGCGCCUACGGAGUAGACCCUGAGAUUGCCGCUUUGGCCGAGAACAUUCCCGGGGGCGGCGUCCCCGGCGAGGACUACCCCAUCUUGGCUUCCGUGCCCGACACCGGCUUCUCGUGCGAUGACCAGGCGGUGCAAGGUUAUUACGCCGACACUGCAGCUGAAGCCGGCUGCCAGGUGUUCCAUAUCUGCCAGGACCGCGCCCUCAGGCGCCAACAGGACUCGUUCCUGUGCCCCAACGGUACCAUCUUCAACCAGCAGUACCUGGUAUGUGACUGGUGGUUCAACGUGGACUGUUCUCAAGCUGAGAGCUUCUACUCCGUCAACGAACUCAUCGGAGUCGUUCCCGACGCCGGAUACGCAUAUGGACCCGCCACCAACGGAAACGGUAACGGCUAUGGCUCCAACAGCAACGGAAGGAACGGAAACGUCAAGAACGGAAGCAAUGGAUACGGUUCCAACGGAAACGGAAAGAAUGGAAACGGAGGCAGCAACGGCAAUGGAUACGGUACCCCCCAUGCCCCAAGCAACGGCUACGGUGCUCCCACUGCCCCUUCCAAUUCCUAUGGAACUCCUUUCUAAACUAGACUUUAUAGGCACAUGACCUGUAUCCUUAGUAUCUAUUGUUCAAUGUUUCACUCUCCAUCAAUCUAGCUGUCACUGGUUCCUAUAUAAAGGAUUUGGUUUACCCGCUUAAUCUGUUGACGCAAAAAUGUGUAAAUAUCUAUAUUUUGAAAUAAAAUAAGAGUAAUU